UUCUCAUAUAGUUGUACUUAGUGGUGAAUUUACCUCACAAAGAUCUCUUAUAAAGGAAACCAGUCAAGCUAGAAACAUGGAGCCUGCCAUUGCUGGUCUUCUUCUGAAAAUGCUUGUGUCCUGGCUGCCGUGAUGAUAGAUUUCAGUAGUUUGAAUGUUCUCACAAUGCUCAUUUAGUAUCUGUCCUAUCUGUGGUUGCCUCUCUUCCUUCCUCUUCCAGCAUGACUUCUCGAAAUAGUUGAGUACCGCACCUAUCAUUUCACGCCCGCUCUGUAUACGACAUAUAGGGUCAAAAGAUCUUCUGGUUCCUUUAGAUGCAGCAUUGGAGAGACAAGUCGGAGUAAUGUGUGGGCUGUGGGGUCCAUGCCAGAUAAUCAUCCUCAUCUAUUUAAUGAUACAACACCCAGGAUAUGCAAAGAGGCCUGUGGUGACGGUCAUUCCAAACUAUAAUAAGAUCCCUACAGGAGAGAAGAUAAUAAUGACCUGUGAUGAGGAGUCUGCUGCAUCAGGAUGCUCUUGGUACCAUAAGAAUAUCUUGAUAUACACAGGAAAGGAUUAUGUCAUUUCAAUGGCUGACAUAAGACACAGUGGAGAUUAUCAGUGCAAGAACAGUGCUGGAGAGAGAAGUGAGAUUGUCACUCUGAAUGUUACCACAGGUCGGGUCGUCCUUCAGGCUCCAGUCUAUAUAUAUGAAGGUGAUGAUGUGUCUCUUCGAUGUUACUCAUCAUUUCCUGCCAUACAGACAAUAUUUUACAAGAACAAUCAGAUGAUCCAGACCAACGACUCUGAUCUACUUCCUAUAAAAUCCACAAACUUGACAUCUACCUACAGAUGUUCCAAACAAGUCCUGACUACUUUCUAUAACACUUAUAGUUCUGAUGAUACCAUUAUAGACUACACAGGUAAAUAUUGUUCUAUUUAUUCAUAUCUCUUUACUAAAGUGUUAAAAAGAAAUUACAAUUAUCUACCUACAAUCAAGAAAAAUUAUCUUUAUGAAUCGGCUUAUGAAAGUCAACACACAGGCUUUAGUUAAAAUUCUCUACCAUGAUCAGUGCUAACAAUAGGUUGUGUUAUAUGGAAGAGUUUUUCCAAUGGGGCUUUGGAC